AUGGUUUUAUAUCACACAAACCUUCCAACUCAGGCGCUAUUUUCUCUUCUUUCCUUCGUCUUUCUCUUGUUAGCAACAAAUCUAAACUCAGCACAAGCACUGUCUUUCAAUUUCAAAAGGUUCACCCCUGGUGAUUCUAAGAUCACUCUCCAAGGUGAUGCCCAAACAUUUGCCAAUGGUGUCAUAGCACUGACAAAAAGUUCACCACUUCCUCCAGGUCAAUAUUUUACAACUGUAGGUCGGGCUUUAUAUACAACAUCUGUGCCGCUUUGGGACAGUGCUACCGGCAUUGGUGCCAGCUUUGUGACUUCCUUUUCUUUCAUCAUAGACACCACGAAAGGUCCUAUAACUGAUGGAUUGAUCUUUUUCAUUGCACCACCAGGCACGCUGAUUCCCAAAAACUCAACCACACCGUUUCUGGGAGUAGUUGAUAGUGGAAGUUCAAUCAAUCGGUUUGUUGGUCUAGAGUUUGAUGUUUAUUCCAAUUCUUGGGAUCCCAAUACCAGACAUAUUGGAAUCAACCUCAACUCUAUAAUUUCGACAAAGACCGUGGAAUGGAACUUGGUGAGUGGUUCAUUGACUACAGUAACUAUAAUCUAUGACUCUCCUUCUAACACGUUGAGUGCUGUUGUUACUCAUGAGAAUAAUCAAAUUUUCACCAUUGCUCAAGUCAUUGAUUUGAAAGCAGUACUCCCGAACACAGUUCAGAUUGGUCUAUCCGCUGCUACACUAACCGGUGAAUCCUACAACAUCCAUUCAUGGUCUUUUACAUCAAACUUGGAAACAACAACAACAAGCAGUGUCUCAGAUAAAUGA